UGAGGCGCCCAUGGGGGUGGCGGGGCGGCUGUAGAAGCGGGGGCCUAGCGAGCUCCUAGCAGAGCGACCCCGGCCUGGCCGUGGCCAGCAUGGCCCCUACGCUCUUCCAGAAGCUGUUCAGCAAGAGGAGCGGGCUGGGCGCGCCCGGCCGAGACGCGCGAGACCCGGAUUGCGCGUUCAGUUGGCCUUUGUCAGAGUUUGAUCCAGGCCAGAUUCGACUAAUUGUAUAUCAAGACUGUGAAAGACGAGGGAGAAAUGUCUUGUUUGACUCCAGUGUUAAGAGAAAAAAUGAGGAUACAUCAGUAUCGAAACUUUGCAGUGAUGCUCAAGUUAAAGUUUUCGGGAAAUGCUGCCAACUGAAGCCUGGAGGAGAUAGUUCUUCCUCUCUGGAUAGUUCUAUCACUCUGUCUUCUGAUGUAAAAGACCAGUGUCCCAAGUAUCAGGGUUCUCGGUGCUCUUCUGAUGCCAGUAUGCUUGGAGAGAUGAUGUUUGGCUCAGUAGCAAUGAGCUACAAAGGAUCCACCUUAAAAAUUCAUCAGAUCCGUUCCCCUCCACAGCUCAUGCUCAGCAAAGUCUUUACUGCACGGACAGGCAGCAGCAUCUGUGGAAGCCUUAAUACACUGCAAGACAGUCUUGAAUUCAUCAACCAAGACAACAGUACAUUAAAGGCUGAUAAUAACACAGUUAUUAAUGGACUACUUGGAAAUAUAGGUCUUUCACAGUUCUGCAGCCCCAGGCGGGCAUUCUCUGAGCAGGGUCCGCUCCGCCUGAUCAGGAGCGCCUCUUUCUUUGCAGUUCACAGCAACCCAAUGGACAUGCCUGGAAGAGAAUUGAAUGAGGACAGAGACAGUGGCAUAGCACGUUCUGCAUCUCUCAGCAGCUUGCUUAUCACCCCGUUUCCAUCCCCAAACUCUUCACUUACCCGAAGUUGUGCCAGCAGCUACCAGCGACGCUGGCGACGCAGCCAAACAACAAGUUUGGAAAACGGGGUGUUUCCUAGAUGGUCUAUAGAAGAAAGCUUUAAUCUGUCAGAUGAAAGCUGUGGCCCUAACCCAGGAAUUGUGAGAAAAAAGAAGAUUGCAAUUGGGGUAAUCUUUUCAUUAUCCAAAGACGAAGAUGAAAAUAACAAAUUUAAUGAAUUCUUUUUUUCACAUUUUCCUCUCUUUGAAAGCCACAUGAACAAACUAAAGAGUGCAAUAGAACAGGCUAUGAAAAUGAGCCGGAGAUCAGCUGAUGCCAGUCAGAGGAGUUUGGCAUAUAAUCGAAUAGUUGAUGCCCUAAAUGAAUUCAGAACAACAAUUUGUAAUCUUUACACAAUGCCACGGAUUGGAGAGCCUGUCUGGCUUACAAUGAUGUCUGGGACUCCAGAAAAGAAUCAGCUCUGCCAUCGUUUCAUGAAGGAGUUUACUUUUCUAAUGGAAAAUGCUUCUAAAAAUCAAUUCUUGCCAGCUCUCAUUACUGCAGUUUUGACCAAUCACCUUGCCUGGGUUCCAACAGUCAUGCCAAAUGGACAGCCACCUAUAAAAAUAUUUUUAGAAAAACAUUCCUCUCAGAGUGUGGACAUGUUGGCAAAGACUCAUCCAUAUAACCCACUUUGGGCACAACUGGGAGAUUUGUAUGGCGCUAUUGGCUCUCCUGUACGGUUAGCAAGAACUGUAGUGGUCGGCAAACGACAAGAGAUGGUCCAGAGGUUGCUUUAUUUCCUUACUUAUUUCAUAAGAUGCUCCGAACUUCAAGAAACUCAUCUUUUAGAAAAUGGAGAAGAUGAAGCCAUUGUUAUGCCAGGCACAGUGAUUACAACCACUUUAGAGAAAGGUGAAAUUGAGGAAUCAGAGUAUGUCCUUAUCACAAUGCAUAGAAACAAAAGUAGUUUGCUCUUUAAAGAGUCUGAAGAGACAAAAACUCCUCAUUGUAACUGUAAAUACUGCAGUCAUCCACUCCUUGGGCAGAAUACAGAGAAUAUGUCCCAACAAGAGAAAGAAGCUAUUCAAAACAAUUCUAAAGAGUCGCUAGGAAUUUCAGAUGAAUGCCGAGUGAUUUCUCCUUCUGACUGCCAAGAAGAAAAUGCUGUUGAUGUUAAACAGUGUAAAUUAAGAACUUGUCUUGACACCAAGUUAGAGACUGUUGUUUGCACAGGAUCUGCUCCAGUAGACAAACAUAUAUUGUCAGAGACAGGCUCCGAGCCAGCAGAGGAAACAUGGCAGGGUACGGAAUUGCUGGAUUCAGAUAACCACACAGGCAAAGCAGUGAGAGCCACAGGAGUAGUUGUGGAAAAAAAACCUCCAGAUAAGACUGUGUCUGAUGCACUCUCUUGUGAUGUAACCCAGACAAAGGUUACUUUCCUGAUUGGAGAUUCUAUGUCACCUGAUUCAGAUACUGAACUCAGGAGUCAGGCAGUGGUGGAUCAGAUAAUCAAGCAUCACACCAAGCCAUUGAAAGAGGACAGAGGGGCUAUUGAUAAGCAUCAAGAACCUAAACAUACAACUGAGGACCAAUCUGGAGAGUCUGAUAGACAGAACACAGUUUCGGGAGAGCCCAGAGAACUUCCCUGUUGGAGUCAUUCAGACCCAGAGAGCAUAAGCUUAUUUGAUGAGUAUUUUAAUGAUGAUUCAAUUGAAACAAGGACUAUUGAUGAUGUUCCAAUUAAAAUAAGUACAGACAGUAAAGAACACUGCUGUAUGUUAGAGUUUUCAAAAAGAUUGUAUAUAAAAAGUAACAAACAGAACAGUGAACUUUGUAAAUGUAUAGAAACUGUUCACCAAGAUUCAUGCAAAAACUGCUUUCCUCAGCAAGACCAAAGAGAUACAUACUCCAUUCUUGUCCCCCAUGGGGACAAAGAGAGUGCAGAGAAAAAAAUUGCUGUAGGAACUGAAUGGGACAUUCCAAGAAAUGAAAGUUCAGAUAGUGCCCUUGGGGAUAGUGAAAGUGAAGAUACAGGUCACGAUAUGACCAGACAAGUCAGCAGUUACUAUGGAGGAGAGCAAGAAGAUUGGGCAGAAGAGGAUGAGAUACCUUUCCCUGGGUCAAAGUUAAUUGAAGUGAGUGCUGUUCAGCCCAACAUUGCCAACUUUGGGAGGUCCUUGCUGGGUGGCUACUGCUCAUCUUAUGUCCCUGACUUUGUUCUUCAAGGAAUUGGGAGUGAUGAGAGACUCCGUCAGUGUCUGGUGUCAGAUUUGUCUCAUGCUGUACAGCAUCCAGUUUUAGAUGAACCAAUAGCAGAAGCUGUCUGUAUUAUAGCUGAUAUGGAUAAAUGGACUGUCCAAGUGGCCAGCAGCCAGAGACGAGUAACAGAUAAUAAAUUGGGAAAGGAAGUAUUGGUGUCCAGUCUUGUUUCCAACCUGCUUCAUUCCACUCUUCAGCUUUAUAAGCAUAACUUGUCUCCAAAUUUUUGUGUAAUGCACCUUGAAGAUCGGUUACAGGAGCUGUACUUCAAGAGCAAAAUGCUGUCUGAGUAUCUGAGGGGCCAGAUGCGUGUUCAUGUCAAGGAGCUGGGAGUGGUUCUUGGGAUUGAAUCCAGUGAUCUUCCCCUUCUGGCUGCUGUAGCAAGCACUCACUCUCCAUAUGUUGCUCAGAUACUCCUGUAACACAUCUAAAGGUUAAUUUUGGUGGCAAGAUAAAUAGAAAUGAAGACGGUGCAAUAUGCAUUUAUGGAGAUGUUUUUCCCCUGUUAGACUUCCAUCUGAAUGAAUCCACCUCCUGGGUAUCCUGUAUCACAUUGCGUAUUCUGUGUAUGUUGAUGGCUUUUCUUUUUAACUGGACUCCUGGGUGGUGGUCGACUUUUAACCAUGUGAAACUAAAGCAGAAUAAGCAACUUGGGGUGAGGGCAUUUGAAAAAGCCAAAGUAUAAAAUUCUACAAAGAAUAAAACUACAGAAAUUUCUACAAAAUGAAUAAUAGUAAGGCAUUUCAUAUAAUGUCACAACUCAUAAAUACCAAGAGAUGUCUCAUGAUUAAAUGGCUCAGAAGUAGUCAUUUCAUUAAAUUUUUAAUUCUUUAUUUCUAAGUUACAGAUACCUGUAAAACUUUAUUAUCUUGUUUUGCAAUUCAAAACAGCUAAUUGCUGGUUAUUUCUCAGAAGUAUUUUGAACAGUCCAUUAAUUACAACAAACUGAGAAUCGUGAGUGACAAUGUGUGUUAUGUUACCACCCAAGUGUACAUAUGUAUCUAUUUUUUUAAAAGCAGAAGUAGAAAUAUAAGACUGGGAAACUUGCCUUUUUAAAAAACAUUUUCAACUGGUAUUAAUUGUACACAAUAUUGAACUCUAUUACUUUCUGGUGAGUCUUCUGUUUCACACAUCCUAAAAUACACACAAAGCCAAUCUUUUUUUAAGGCUGAGGAAUGUAGACUCCAAAAAUAAGAAUACUACUUUAUACUGUUUGUUUUGUAAGUGUGAACUAAUUCUUAUAAAUGUUAAUAUUUACAUAUUCAAUAAAUGAGUUUAAUAAAUGAAACUUAGGGUUAAAAGUUGCACCAAAGCAUUGGCAAAAAUAAUAUUUUCUUUAAAAGUGCUCAGGUAGCCAAGGCCCUUGUUUUCCAUAUCAGCCCUUCUGGAACCCACAGGAGCAAAACAUUUGUUUAUUGCUUAAUAAUAUUCAGUUUACACUAAUAGAACUCAUAACUCUUAAAAUUGUUCUCCUUUCUAUAAGAGCUCUUCCCUUCCAGAAGCUGAUUUUUUUCAGACUUUUCAAUUGUUAUUGUCUUUGUAUAUAGUGUAGAAUGUUGCUUGUAAGAAAGGCUAAUAAGGAACCAAACUCCUGUAAGUAAUGUAAAUAAAAAGAUGGGUAGAUAAAGUUUUCAAUAUGCUCUACUACCUCAGUUUACUUGAAAUACUGCAUUAUAGUUUUUCCUUUGAUUAUCUGGCCUAAGAUACAUGUAAUGCUAGAAGAUUCCUGCUUUCAUUUAUUUUCAUCAUAUUUGAUUAGCUUAAAAAAACCACUUAGUCACUAUAAAUAUUUACUAAAUAACUCAUCCACUCUUGUUAUUUAAUUUUUCGUUAAUUGAUGGAUGAUUUCUCUGUUUUGUUUAGUCUUUGACUUUGAAUUUAGAGCUUUGGGUCAUAUUUUGCUUUGCUCUUUGUGUUUAUUCAAAUCAAAUAGAAAGAGAAAAGAGGUUUCCCUGGAAUGUAAAUCUGAAAUGAGUGUACUGGAUAUUUACUUGGCCCAUAUCCUCUUAGCUGGUUGUAGUUAGUGCCUGAGUCUCCCAUGGAUGACUUGCUGCCAAAGAGUGUUUAUGGGCAGAUUUUCUUAAUUUAAUUUUCUUAUUCCAUUCAUGAACGAAAUUUUCUGUUGUCUUUUUUGGAAUUCAACAAAUUUAUCUCUUUGGCAGAAUUCAGAAUCUAGAAAAGUUCCUGUAUGGGCCAUUGUAUAUUAUUUUUGGAUUGUGGCUCAGAAUAAUAUGUAACAGGUAGAUAAUAACUGUGUUUGGGUGUUUUCUUAAUCAUCAGACUAUUCUCAGUCCUAUUUGAAAUAGCUAAUAAAUUACUCUUUAAUAAUUCUAAAUGUUCAAUACGUGAAUGGUUCAUGCUACUGUUAUUCUUAAAACUAAUCUUUGCUGAGAUGGAAAAGACAUAUAGUUUCUUAAAGAAUCAUUAAUCCUUAUAGGAUUCCUGAGUUUUAUAAUUCUUACUCUUUCUAUAAUUUCUCUUACCUUCAUCAUAAUCACUCUUUUGUUACACAAAGCCCAAGGAAUGAGCUGCUACUACUCCAUUAAAGUAUGGUCAUUAUGAUGAAUAUGAAAAGUUUUGGUCUGUUCACAAUAAUUUUUUCAAAUUCUUAUGGUACAAGUAUCACAUGUCAAAACACCUGUUGCAACAGGAAAUGAAAAAGGGAUCUCUUAUAUUAUAGAAUUAAAACUAAUUUCUCCAUGCAUAUGUACUAAUGGUUUUUUUCCUGGCAUUUAUUAAUGUCUUAAUUUUAUUAAGUUUGGCAAUAUUAAGUGCAAUAAACCUACUAGCACAGAUUUCAUUUUGUUGCAGUUGGCAUACACUGAGGAUGAUUACUUUGAAAAAAAUCAGAUUUUACAUAAUGCCUACUUCUAGUAGAUAUAAGAAUAUUUGCUUUCUCUAAGUUAUUUAGAUGGUGGAUAUAUAAAAUGUACAUAUUUGUUCUUUGUUCUGAAUACAUUUCUCAAAUGUACACCUGUACUAUAAUAACCUCCCAGUUCUAGGGGAAAUUUGUGCAAUAAACACACGUCAAUUUGAUACAUGACCUUGGUUUUUCUUUCAUAUGUUAAUAAGACCACCGGAUUCUAGUCCCAAGUUGGCAUUUCGGGCAUGAGACCUGUCCAUACAGGCAGAAUUUGCUUGCUAGGGUUGUGAGAAUUGAGUAAAAUAAUGACUGUCAAGAAUUUAAUUUAGGCUGAGGCAGGAAGAUCAAGGAGAGUUCAAGGCCAGACUGCACUACAUAGUGAGAUGGUGUCUCAACAAAACAAAAAUGAACCAACCAACAAAAGAAUUUAGCUUACUGCUAGCAAACCCCAAGUGCUUAAUAACUUUUUGGCUGCUACUGUUAUUAGGUAAUCUGUCCAUCCUUUUCCCAGUGGCUCUCACAUAUCAUGGGAGAAUUUGUAACAUAUAUUCUUAUGAAUAAAAACAUAAAAAUAA